AUAUAAGACCAUGCACGGCAGAACCAUGCAAAUUAAAGAGAGGCACUGACAUAACUAUGGUUGUCAUCUUUGUCGCAGGUGGGAAUGCUAUGAAGGCUACAUCAGUCGUCCAUGGUAUAAUCGGUGGAGUGGAGUUCCUAUACCGUUUCCACUUCCACAUCCAGAUGCAUGUACAGGCGCUUCUCUUCUACCCUGCCCUCUUAGUGCUGGCACUCAAUAUACUUACACUUCGACACUGUCAAUUUUUCUGUCUUAUCCAUCGCUCAAAUUGGUCGUGGAAUGGGCAGUACAGAAUGAAAAACAACAAGACUUGUUUUGUUUUGAAGUGCCUGCACAGAUCAUCUAGCACGCAGCUUAGGGUUGGGGGUCGGAACCCCAUAGUAAUGCAGAAAUACAAUUCCUUCAAUUGCACGAGUAGGCUUCAGUAACAACAUGCAUAGAUUCAUACGCAUGGCGGAAAUACGUGCUUAGAUCAGACACGUACUAUCUUAUAUGCCUCACAAUAAUCAGAUACAAAUGUAUUGAAUAAAAAUAAAACGCAUUUUUUAA